AUGAAUCUGCCAUCAUCCCGAACUCCUCGCGGCACUUCCGGCAACCUGCCAUCCUUAAAUGAAAAUGAAGAAGCAACAACCAGAAAUGAUUUCAGUGGCAUAAUUAAUCGAAGAGGUCGAAGAGAUCACACUUCACAGACCACAGCCCUUAUAACUGUGUUGCCUCCUCCAAGUCCACCGCCAGAUUCGUCUUCACCAACGAAGGCGGUAACGGGGGACGAGGGCGUAACGACGACCAUAUCAACAAUCCCAAAUGACACACCACAGUCGCGCAGCAAAGCACUCACAGUCUCCAUCCCGACCCCUGGAUUCCUCCGGCCCCUCGUCAAAUUCGCUUCUUUUGUUGGGCCGGGGUUUUUGAUUGCAGUCGCCUACAUCGACCCGGGCAAUUAUGCGACGGAUGCCGCCGCCGGAGCCCAGAGCAAAUAUGCUUUGCUCUUUGUCGUGAUGAUGUCCAAUUUAUUUGCUGUGUUUCUGCAGUCUCUAUGCAUCAAAUUGGGGAGUGUGACGGGGUUGAAUCUCGCGGAGAAUUGUAGGGCGCAUUUACCGAGGUGGCUUACCAUCAUCUUGUAUAUUUUGUCGGAAGCCGCUAUUAUAGCUACUGAUAUUGCGGAGGUAAUCGGCUCAGCAAUUGCGCUCAAUCUACUACUCAACGUUCCCCUAGUAGCAGGCUGCAUCAUCACAAUGGCCGACGUCCUGAUCCUUUUGAUCUUCUACCGUCCCCAGGGAUCAAUGUGGGGACUUCGAGCCUUUGAGAUGUUCGUGGCGUUGCUUGUGCUCGGCGUGGUGGUCUGUUUCUGCAUUCAGCUGUCUCUGCUCAAGGUGCCAUCCGUGGGUGAAGUGUUUCGGGGAUAUCUCCCCUCCCCAGCGGUCAUCCAAGGCUCUGGUUUGUAUCAAAGUUGCGGUAUCCUUGGUGCCACUGUUAUGCCCCAUUCACUCUUUCUGGGCAGUGGGACGGUUCAACCACGACUUAAGGAGUUUGAUAUUGACGCUGGGCACAUGGAGCCUUCGGGAAGUGAUGAUGAUAGUAGCGAAAUAUACCGUCCUUCGAUCCACGCUAUCCGCGGCUGCCUGAAAUAUUCAAUCAUCGAACUGACUCUCUGUCUCUUCACAUUCGCGCUCUUCAUUAACAGCGCCAUUCUCAUCGUCGCCGCUGCCGCUCUAUACGGUACCCCGGGCGCCGAUAACGCAGAUCUAUUCGGCAUCCAUGAACUUUUAUCGCGGUCCAUUGCUCCCGCCGCCGGCACCAUUUUCGGUCUUGCGUUACUACUUUCAGGUCUAUCCGCGGGCAUCGUCUGCACUAUAGCCGGACAAAUGGUUAGCGAAGGGAUGAUAAAUUGGAGUUGUCGACCGUGGAUCCGUCGAUUGCUUACUCGUGUUAUUAGUAUUGUGCCGAGUGUUAUUAUUGCUGCCGCCGUGGGUCGCAAGGGACUAGACACUGCGUUAACGGCAUCUCAGGUGGUUUUGAGUGUUAUACUGCCAUUUGUCGUUGCGCCGCUGAUCUAUUUUACGGGAAGGAAUAAGUUUAUGACUGUCCGGCAUGAAGAGAUGGAUUUGUCGGUGACUACCAACGUCGGAGUACAACCGAUAGACACGGAGAUCAAGAUGAGGAAUAGUUGGCCUGUGUCGGUGUUGGCGUGCUUGAUCUUUGCUGCGGUGUCUAUUAUGGAUAUUGCCUUGCUGGUGCUGAUUGGCCUGGGAUUGGCAUGA